UGCAGAUCUGUUUUUCCUGGCUGCGUGUAUUCCAUUAUGUGGCUUUCAUUUCACCUGUCUUGCGGGGUUGAGGAGAAUGUGUAUUUUUAAACUGACUGCAAGGACCAAAUUGUUCUCCAAGGGAUUGUACCAGGCUCAAUUCCCACCCACAAAGUGAGUGAGCGCCUGAAAUGCUAUUCUAAAAUUCUCAAAUGCAGAGUUGCUAACAGAUGGUGUUUAUAAAUGGUAAUGAUGACAUUUAAAACACAUGCGCAUAAUGCACUUAUUCAAAUAACACCCAGGCAAUGAUAGAGUCAAGUUUGGGCCGGGAAGCCAACUGCAGCUGGGCGGUGAGAGGAGCAGGGAGAGAGAGGGAGGGACUGGCCCUCACUGGCGGGGCGAGGAGGAUCUCCAAGUUCCAGGGGAGCCUGAGGAUUGGGCCCCCACCUUGGAUUCAUGCCAGCUCCCUUCCCAUGGGACAGCGACUGACAUGCAAGGGCUCCAUUUAUUACAAUCAAGAGGGUACGUGUUGGUAUAAGGGAGACUGGGUACAAAACAUCAAAAAGAGCUGGGGAAUAAGAUGUUAUAAAUCUGGAAAUAUAUACGAAGGCCAGUGGGAAGACAACAUGCGCCACGGGGAGGGGAGGAUGAGGUGGCUGACCGCCAACGAAGAGUACACCGGGCCGUGGGAAAGGGGCCUCCAGAAUGGCUUUGGAACACACAUGUGGUUUCUAAAGAGAAUCCCCAGUUCCCAGUAUCCCUUGAGAAAUGAAUACAUAGGGGAGUCUGUAAACGGACUUCGUCAUGGACGUGGCAAGUUUUAUUACGCCAGUGGAGCCGUGUAUGACGGAGAAUGGGUUUCCAACAAGAAACAUGGCACGCCACCGAUCUACAGUGAAAAAGCACUGACUUCCAGUAAUGACAUACCAGAUGAAGAAAUCCAUUCUCCAUUUGCAACAAUACUUCUGAGAACAUUUUUGAAUUACCUCCUGCAUUUGGCGUACCACAUUUAUCACGAAGAAUUCCAAAAGAGAAGCCCAUCUCUCUUCUUGUGUUUUACAAAACUGAUGACUGAGAACAUUCAUCCAAAUGCCUACCAGAUAAAAGGCAAUUUAUUCCGUGAGCAACAGCGGACGCUCUACUCUAUGAAUUACAUGAAUAAGUGCUGGGAGAUUUAUGUAGCUUACUGCAGACCCCACGCAGCGCCUCCCCACGAGCCUACGAUGAAGAUGAGACACUUCCUCUGGAUGCUGAAAGACUUUAAAAUGAUAAGUAAAGAAUUAGCAGCUAUAUUUAUGGAGGUCAUAGCAGAGGAUAAUCCUUUCAUAUAUGAUGGAACUGACAGCAGCUUUGAACCUGAGCUGGUUUUCCUGGAAUUCUUUGAAGCCUCUCUUAAGCUUGCAUUCAUCUGUGUUACUGACCAAAUGACUAAAUCCUAUGCAAAUGUUCCAAAUGAUGAUGUGUCUGGAAAUAAACCGGAAACUAUUUAUACAAUACUAAAUCAGGACACCCAGAGCAAGAGUCCCAGCGCAGUCCUGAGCCACGAAUCGGAUGCUGCUCACUCUGACAGUGCCAGGUCAUCUUCCAGCAAGUUAGAGCUCUGGCCUGAUGUUAACAAAAUAAGGAAAUCAGAGCCCAAGAUCAAGAAGUCUCUAAGUGAUGAAAGAGUCUCCAAAAUGAAUUUUCAAUCUACUGGAAAAGGGGUCACCUUUUUUUCAUCUGAGAGCGUCCCAGCUCCAGCUGGAUUUUGCCCUGGAUCUCUCUGGUCAUUCCUUAAGUCACCAGGCCUGUGGCUCCUGCCCUGUCUCCUGUCAAGGACCCCCUUCACCCACGUGGCAUCUCUUCCAGUACCAUUUCAUCUGACUGUUGCAUGUGGCAGCCGUGACUUACUGUCCUCCAGCUUGUAGGUGUCUAGUUGAGAGUUCAUGAAUGAACAUAAGACAAUGUUGCCGCCAGGUGCAGUGGCUCACAGCUGUAAGCCCAGAACUCUGGGAGGCCACGGCAGGAGGAUCACUUGUG